AUGAGAUCCUUCAAGCUUGUUUUUUGGCUCAGCUUCUUGGGGUUAGCAAUUGCGUAUGAACAAUUUUGCAGAUGUCAAUGUGAUUCCAAGUACAAAAUUAUACCGUUACAAGAUCAAGGGUGCAAUACCUGUACUAAAAACUAUUGCUUGUCGUUGAACCUUGAAGAGUGCAAAGAUUUCACUGAGGAUGAAGUGUUAACAACCUGUUUCCAAAGAGAAUCAACAAAGGAUCAACUCAUAGUAUACACUUUCAUAUUGGUAACAUUCGGUCUGCUGUCAUAUGCAAUUGUUGGGAGACCAUUGUUGAUCAAAUACAGAGUAAGUAUUGAUUAA